CUGACGAAUGCAUGAAAGCAAACGUUAAACCUGUCCUUUUAUAUAAGAAACCACACACCCUUCCUUCCAUUCCCACAGUGCCAAACACAUCCAUCGACCAAAAAACAGAAGAGAAUCUGACCCAACAAUGAGUGAAACAGCAGCAAGAGAUUUUUCAGUUUAUGGUGCCAUGGCAAGUUGGUUCACACCCUCGUAUCUGUUCAUCUUCAUCAACCUUGUCAUUGGAACCAUAGCCAUCACCUCUCGUUUCACCACCACACCAAAACGCCAACGCCAACACCAACACCAACACCAACACCAACUCAUCCGUUCUCCCUCUUUGCUGGACAGAUUCACAUCCUUCAACCUACGUUAUCGCAAACAUGAAACGACAGCAACGUUAACGCCUCACAACGUUGUUGUGGAGUCUGUCCAGAUUCUAGACUCGCCUCGGCCGGUUCAAAUCGGUUCCUUCGAUACGACCGAGACCCGAGAAGGAGAUGAAGUUAAAAGUGAUAACUCACCCCAGUUGGACCGGGUUCCGUCUUCGUCGUUGAUGAACCGGAUUAGGUCUUUUAGUUUUCGUAGAACAGAAAGUGAAAGAUCCGAGCCGGUCCAAAAUUCUGAGUCUGGAAUGAAUCUGGUACGAACUCCAUCUUUGUUGGAGCACGUUAGGCGUUUUAGUCUGGAUUUAGGUAAAGUGCAGAAGGAAAGUUGUGACUCGGUUGAGCAGCAAUUAAGCCGUGCUCCUUCCUUCCUGCAGCGGCUUAAGUCCUUGACCUUUGACAGAUCGGAGUCCGAAGCUGAGGUGAGAGAUGGUGGGGAGUUCGUGGAGGAAAGGGAAGAAGAGGAAGGGGUGGACGCUAAGGCUGAUGAUUUCAUCAACAGGUUUAGGCAGCAACUCAGGUUGCAGAGGCUUGACUCUAUUCUACGAUGCAGGGAUAUGCUCACACGAAACUCAUAAUAACACUUGAAUUUAAUAUUAUUUGAAGGAGAAGAUCACCUUUUUCCGAAUGUUUCUUGCUUGAACACGAGAAUUUGGCUACCUGGUCUGUUGUCUGUAAUCUGUAUUUGUAAACCGUUGCUGUGUUGGUAUUGUUAUUCGAAAAAAAAAUAAUUAAUCGAUAUGUAUAGCAAGCAGCUAGCGAUAAUCUUUUGAAUGUAGACAAUUUUUAAAGAUGAAGUCUGAGUUUUUAUUUUAUUUUA